UGGAGAUGAUCAAAAGUUAGAGAAGUUUUUAGUCUACAAUAAUGAUGAAGCCAAUGCUGGAGAUGACCACAAGUUGGGCAAGCUUUUGUUCUAUAACCAAAGGCAGAGAAACAAUGGAGAUAAUCGAAAGUUAGAGAAGCUUUUAGUCUACAAUAAAGAUCAGCCCAACGCUGGAGAUGCCCGAAAGUUGGGGAGUUUUUUCUUCAAGAACAAAGGCCAAGAUAAUAGUGGUGAUGUCCGAAAGAUGGGAGAGGAGCAUAAGCAUACUCAUAGUCGCACACAUGGCCAUGGCCAUGCUGAUUUCCCAAAAGGAGCAGAAGAUGUCUUCUUCUUCGAGGACAGUAUAGCACCUGGAAUAGUUCUCACCACUCGCAUACUUUCCACUAGAUCAAGCCCUAUUUUUCUACACCGAGAUACCAACGACCACAUCCCAUUCUCCAUGAAGAACCUGACCGACAUCCUCGCCAUGUUCCCACGUGCGUCGCGCACCAUGGCCGACGACAUAGUGGCGACACUGCAGAUGUGCGAGCACCCGGAGAUGGUCCAUGGCGAGAAGGCCGGAUGCGCUGCGUCGAUCGAGUCGUUUCUCGAGCUCGUCGUCUCCCUGCUCGGCACGCACGACGUCCGGGCGCUGUCCCCCGAAGCUCCCAUGGAGGGCGUGCCGUCGGUAAGGUACACCGUGGCCUCCGCCACGCCGCUGACGACGAGCUCCUCCGAGACCGUCCUGGUGUGCCAUGACAUGCCGUACCCCUACAAGGUGUUCUUCUGCCACGCCGCGACGCCGGUUAGGGCGUACCGGAUGUCGUUGGUCGUCGCCGGCGAUGGCCGCCGGCGGCCAGCCGCCAUGGAUGCGUUGGCGGUGUGUCACCUCAACACGUCCCACUGGAGCCCUGACCACCCUUUCUUCCGCCUCAAGCAUGUGAAGCCAGGUCAGACGACGGCUUGCCACUUCCUGGCCAGAGGCAACAUCAUGUGGCUGCCGGCAGAGAAAGAAGCAGCCCAGUAAAAUCUGUGUUGUUCCCAGUGUGUGCAAGUGCACUUGGGUGUGUAAUAAUUAAGAGAUGUUGUAGUGCUGGCUCUCUUCAGUGGUAGAUAUACCCUGAAUAAAUAAUGUGCACAGCUGCACGUGUGAUGGAUGUUAAUUAUCAGGCCCUUGAUGGUUUGGGGCUAGUUUGUUGCACUGUAUUAAUGUAUGCUCUAUAUAUGUUGUUGCUUGUCAUGUCAUCAUGUGUAUGUUCGUGUAUAUUACUGUGGUAAACUGGUUUGAACUAUUUUUGCAACAAGUUGGAUAUG